AUGAAAGAUAAUCUAGCUGAAGAGAUAAAUUCUUCCAAUGAACAACCAAAAGAUGAUUUGCCACAACCCCCACCAAGUACACCAACAAAAGCACAAAACUUACCAUCACCAUCCUCAAUGGUAACCCCUAAAGCAGUUAGAAGUAGUUUGGCUAAAUCGCCCGAAACAGGAUCCAAAAAAAGUUCGUCGACUUUCGAAACUAUAGAGGUAGAAGAUGGAAACAAGAAGAAUCUAAAUCCAGAGGACAAAAAUGUAACAAAGAGCAGAACGGUGAAAUCCCCGACACCUUUACAUUCUCCUAAUAAUCUUCAAUCAAAAAGUUCAGAAAAUAGAACAGUAAAAUCACCUUCUCCACGUUCUUCUAAUAGUGCACGAUUAAAGAGUCCAGAGGAGAAAAUAGCGAAAUCACCUACUUCUCCACGGCCUCCUAACAGUUCUCCAUUAAAAACACCAGAAGAUAAAACAAUGAAAUCACCAAAUUCUCCGCAUUCCCCUAACAGUUUCCGAUUAAGGAGUCCAGACAAAUCCCAUAUGUCGGGAAAAACAUCACCAAAAGAAUUACGGCUUCCAAAAUUGGCACCUUCUCCAACUUCACAGGAAACUGCUACAGUUUCAGAAAUUAAUACUAAAAUUAGUUUACCAAAAUUAAUCGAACGUGUAACACAUUAA